AUGAAUUGGUGUAUUGGCUGUGCUUCUCAUCGAAAAGGAAUAGUGUUAAAAGUGGACACAAUUGAAGCGAAGAGUAAUUCAAAACUGGAAUCAGAAGAGAGUGAAGCGAACCGAAGACCAUCUCUUUUGGCGAAUGUAAUGAUGGGAUGUUUUGGUGGAUCCAACUCCAAGAAUGACGCCGAAGAGGACAAGAGACGCAAAGAGGCGAACAAACGCAUCGAGAAGCAGAUCCAGAAGGACAAGCAGAUCUAUAGGGCCACACAUCGGCUAUGGGAUAAUGACGCCGAAGAGGACAAGAGACGCAAAGAGGCGAACAAACGCAUCGAGAAGCAGAUCCAGAAGGACAAGCAGAUCUAUAGGGCCACACAUCGGCUCCUACUGCUCGGUGCGGGUGAGUCCGGCAAGAGUACGAUUGUCAAGCAGAUGAGGAUUUUACACGUCAAUGGAUUCAGUGAAGAUGAGAAGAGACAAAAAAUAGAAGACAUUAAGAAAAAUAUUAGGGAUGCAAUUCUGACAAUAACGGGUGCGAUGAGCACUCUGGUGCCUCCGGUGCAGUUGGAGAACGCAGACAACCAGUGGAGAGUCGACUACAUCCAAGACGUCGCGAGUAAUCCUGACUUUGAUUAUCCCACUGAAUUCUAUGAACACACAGAAGCCCUUUGGAAGGAUAGGGGGGUUUUGCAAGCAUUCGAGCGCUCCAAUGAAUACCAUUUCUUAGAUCGGGUCCAUAUCGUCAAAAUGGCUGACUAUACGCCUUCAGAACAGGAUAUCUUGAGAUGUCGUGUCUUAACCUCAGGAAUAUUCGAAACCAAAUUCCAAGUGGAAAAAGUGAACUUCCAUAUGUUCGAUGUCGGAGGACAGAGGGACGAGAGACGCAAAUGGAUCCAGUGUUUCAAUGACGUGACUGCCAUUAUCUUUGUGACCGCCUGUAGCAGCUAUAAUAUGGUGCUCAGGGAAGACCCCAAUCAGAACCGCUUAAGGGAAUCACUCGAUCUCUUUAAGAGUAUAUGGAAUAAUAGGUGGUUAAGGACUAUAUCUGUUAUAUUAUUUCUAAAUAAACAGGACUUAUUAGCAGAAAAAGACUUAUUAGCAGAAAAAGUAAAGGCAGGGAAGUCUAAAAUAGAAGAUUAUUUUUGUGAAUUCGCUCACUACCAGACACCCCCUGAUGCAGUGUUCGACCCGGGAGAGGAUCCAGACUUCGUUAGAGCCAAGUAUUUCAUUAGAGAUGAGUUCCUGCGCAUCAGUACAGCCAGUGGUGAUGGGAAGCACUACUGUUACCCGCACUUCACGUGUGCGGUGGACACUGAGAACAUCAGACGGGUGUUCAACGACUGUCGCGACAUAAUUCAAAGAAUGCAUUUACGACAAUACGAGUUAUUGUGAUCAAGGUGCAAAUACACUUCAAACAUACAUUAGGUUUUAAUAAGUGUUCAAUCAAUUGAUUUCUCGCCCAAACAUUACGCAAACACAACAAACUUUAAUAU